CGGUAAUUAGUAUGGAAGUUCUCUGCUGCGUCUGUUUGUCAGAAUAUAACCAUUUAUGGAUGGAGGAUCAGGCCACCAAGGGUAGUGUACGCAACCUGCCGCAAGGUCAGAUGCAGAAUAUCCGACGCAUGUUUGAACAGUCAUGUGAUCAGGAAAAUGCAUCAGAACAGCCUGGAGGGACAGAAUUCCAUAACAAAGAUAUGGCUCAAAAUGAAACACCAUCUAACAGAUGGAGGCAGCACAUCUCACCCCCUCGACAUGUGAAUAGAGACAGUCACUCACCCAUUAGGACACAUCGCAAUGUCUCUCCAUCUGCCUCAACGGAAAACUCAUACCAUCCGAAACCAACACCUAGAAAACACAUAGAACAUGGCCUGGCCAAUUUGCCAGUGAAACAAUUUGGACAGAUCGCUAGCGGUGUGGCUCUGACACCGCCUGAAGAAAAUACUUCCAACAGAGUGUCUAGGGUCAGAGAUCAGUUUGAACAAAAUCCAUACAGAAAAACAAGUGAUGGUAAUAUCAAAGUCCCUCUAAAACCAAAGAAAUAA